UCUGCGCGUUCACGUAAGGUGUUUUUGCGGGACGAAUAAUUUUAUUUUUUGAUAAUAAAAUUAGAAUAACCGCCGUAGGCCCGUGCUGUUAUGUGUGUCGUCGGCCUUUAGUGACUCUGAAAUACUCUGAAUUUAUUCUUGAACUAAAAGUUUGUUUAUUACACGGUGAAAUAACUUUAAACAAAAAUGAGGCUGGCGGGUGCAAUUUUUUCCAAUGUAACCAAAAUGUUGGACUUUUAUUCGCAAUUUAAUCCUUCCCCGUUGUCUAUAAAACAAUUUAUAGACUUUGGUACGCCUACAGCACUAAAUGGAUUGAACGCGUGCGAAAGAAAAUCAUUCCUGUUUCUACGAAAGGAGCUGCCAGUCAGGCUAGCGAACAUAAUGAAAGAGAUAGCGCUGCUGCCGGAGAACCUGCUGCGGAUGCCGUCUGUGGGCCUGGUGAACCAGUGGUACGAGCGCUCGUUCGAGGAGAUCAUACACUUCGAGAAGAUGGAGCCCGAGCAGAUGGUCCUGACGAAGUUCUGCGAGCGGCUGGUUCACAUCCGCAACCGCCACGCGGACGUGGUCCAGACCAUGGCACAGGGGGUGCUCGAGCUGAAGGAGUCGCAUGAGGUGGACCCCGGCACCGAAAACUCCAUACAGUACUUCCUCGACAGGUUCUACAUGAGCCGCAUCUCCAUACGGAUGCUCAUCAACCAGCACACACUACUCUUCGGCGAACAGAUCGGUAAGCCGGCGUCAGUCAGCGGUAUAGACGCGGGCGGUCGGCAUAUAGGCUCCAUCGACCCGGCGUGUGACGUUGUGGCGGUGGUGCGUGACGCGUAUGAGAACGCCAGGUUCCUCUGCGACAGAUAUUACCUCGCCUCGCCGGAGCUGCAACUACUGCAGAAAGGAGUGCCAAGCGAGCGACCUUUGCUGGUGGUAUAUGUUCCGUCUCAUCUGUACCACAUGCUGUUCGAGCUGUUCAAGAACGCCAUGCGGGCGGUGAUGGAGCAUCAUGAGAACAACCCGCCGCCAAUACAGGUCAACCUGGUUGAGGGGAAAGAAGACAUAUCUGUUAAGCUGUCGGAUCGUGGAGGCGGCAUCCCUCGCAGCGUGUCGGACCUGCUGUUCAAGUACAUGUACAGCACCGCGCCGCAGCCCAGCCGCUCAGACUCCCACACCGUACCACUCGCUGGAUACGGCUAUGGUCUUCCGAUCUCCCGGCUGUACGCGCGCUACUUCCACGGAGACCUGCACCUCAUGUCCUGCGAGGGUUACGGCACUGACGCCGUUAUAUAUCUCAAGGCUCUAUCAAACGAAGCGAACGAGCUGCUCCCAGUGUUCAACCGGACCUCGUCGAAGUUCUACCGGCCGGCGCCGCAGCUGGGCGACUGGUCCGGGAACACCAACACGGCAGUCAUAUCGCAGAGCAAAUGUCGCGGCAAACAUAAGACUGACUCCGAGAUAACGCACAGCCUACAGUAGGCUCUGGUAUCAUAGGUAAUAGGCUAGUUGUGACGGUCUAAAUAGGCCAUAUUGACACAAUAGGGUAUUCGAAAUGAAGCAUAGCCUACAGUAGACUGGCAUCCUCGGCUAAAUGUGACGGUCUAAACAGACCACAUUGUUAGCAAUAGGAUAUUCGAAAUGAAGCAGUCUACAAUAGACUCUGGCAUCUUUUUUUUCCCCUAACAUGCGUGCCACGUGAUUUUGUUCGUAUUUUGACAGAAGGACAUGACUUAUUUGGUGUCACAUAUUAGCACCAAUCGACAAAACGACAUAAUUAUAUCGUCAGAAUCGAUAAAAUGACCGGGACAAUUUUUUAUCACGCUGUUGUGAGAAGAUUUAUGAUUUUCGUUUUUUUUUAUUUGACUAGUUUGCGCAAUAGCCUAUUGCUUCAAUGUGGCCGUCUAGACCUCAUGGUGAUAAGACAGCGGUUUUGAUUCUAUACAACCGAAAUUUAGUUUGAUUAAGAACGCCUUAUACCUGAAAGCAAUUUCCACGUGUCUUUCUACAACUAGUGCAGGAUUUUUCUGAUUUUUUCCCCCGAUGUUAUGGCUAAUUUUGUGUAUCUUAGACAAACUGUUUAAAUCAGCGACGUUUUCUUACGAAAUCUUCAAUAAAACGACGAAUUGUCAUCCAAUUUAGGCUGCGUUUCCAUUGACGCGGAGCUGUGCGGAGAUGAGCGGAGACGUGAAUCGACCAAUCACCGUGAGGGAGAGAGUGACAGAGCGUCUUCGUUUUUCGCUCUCUCGAACGCUGUGAUUGGUCAAAUCCGUUCUUAUCUCCGCUCUGCGUCAAUGGAAACGCAGCCUAAGACUCGAAAUACUCGAAUUAAAAACCAUAAUGGUUUAUAGAUAGAAUCAGAAAUAUUGCUUACCUAUAGCUGUCCUUGUUGCACUAAGUGUAUUAAAUAGGUGUGAGCGAGUCAACAGAUGUUUUGUGAUGAAUGAGCUAUGGAGUCCUUAGCUCUAUUUCUCUUUAGAAAGAUAAAAAAUAUUUCUCUCACACAUUAUAAGGUUAAGUAAUGUGUGAGUGAGAUAAAAGAUAAUAUAGUCCUCUUUUUCCCAAGAAAGAACAGGACAGACAAUCUUUACAGACUUCAGUCUCGAAGUAUAUUUAGUAUUAAGUAUUAGAUGUUAGUGUAUAGUAUCAAAAAAGGAUAAAUCAGUUUUAUUAUUGCAUUAUUAGACAUCUCUCUCUAACAGUCAUCUAUAGUACUAACGAGUGAGUGAGACAGAACAUAUAGUACACUUUUUCGCACAUUUCUAUGACAUUAAAUAAAUCAUGUUACGAGUGGGAUACUACUUAAAUUCACGCCUGCAAUCCGUUUGGGGUAGGCAUAGCCACUAUUUAACAACGUUAACAUAAGAAAUAAUAUCAUAUUUGUAGAAAAAAAAAAUAUAUCACCAAAUGUACAGUAGGGUAAACGAUUUUAUUUUAUAAGGAUUAUUUUCUUAAUAUAUUUUUUAAUUAAACUGUAAUAUCAUAAAUGUAAUAACAUAUAGUUAUGUGACAUACCUACUCGGUAUAUUUUUCAGUAUACAGGGUGUUAGUGACAUCGUAACGAAAACUUUGAGGGAUGAUUCAGACCAUGAUUCCGAGUUGACACAAAAUUCGUGAUUUUUUAAAAUUAUUUUCUAAUCUAUACUUUUGCAAUGGAAUCACCGGUUUCGAACCCCGAACUUGCACCAAUGAGUUAUUAAUUUACCUUAAGUGCAGUUUUCACUAACACAGUUGUCUCGACCAUUAUAGACGGCGAUACGGCUCACAUAUCACGUUGGUCUAACAGUAAACUGUGGUGUGGGUACUUAUCAUAUGUACCUCUGACUACCCCAAUUUGGGAAUUAGUCUUGAACUGUUAUAGAUUCGAAUUCAAAAAUAUCUUUAUUCAGUAGGUAACAUAGUUACACUUUGAAUCGUCAAUUUUUACAUAACGAACGUCUCAUCCGCCUAAAACUACUGCAGCUUCUCACAACCUGUAUAGCCGGGGAAAAGAAGCUGCAAGAAAAACCUCGGCACAGGGCCCUUGACGUUCUUUAAAAAAAACGAUUCGAACCUGCGACCACACAGUGCGAGUUAGGGGUUCUUAUAACUGGGCCACCACGACCUCUCGAUCUUCUUAGUACCACAAGAUCCUUGUCUACUUAUGUAAUCUUAAAAAAUAAAAUUCUUAAAUGUCAUACAUGAAAAAUGGCGGAAUGACUUGACUUUUUUGUGAUAAAAGCGCAGAUUAAAAAUUAUAUUUAUUAUGUUUAUAAAAAAGUCUAAUAAUAUGCGCAAAAAAAGCAUUUUUGGAUGGAAAUAUUGUUUAACAGGCAUAUGAUAGAAAGGGAUAGAAAAUCAAGAAAGUUCGAGACCAGUAUAUGUGCCAAUAAUUAUAAGGAAGCUUAAUUUUGUGCCUGUAAAAUAGUAUUUGUAAUUCGAAAAUGCAGACUUUUACUUAAAUUAUUCAUAAAUGGAAUUAAAAAAAUUGUAUGAAUAAAUUCAAUUUUGGAACACUUAAUUCUUUUAAAAAAUCGCCGCUUAAAAACUUAAAAUCAUUUUGCCAAAUACGUUUACGAGUUUCAGCUGUAUACGAAUGGAAUUAAGAAAAAUAUUUAUUAAAACAAAGUUGUUGACUUCGGCUGAGGCGAACUCUAUUUAAUUUUGACAAUUCUACACAACUAUACAGGCUGUUAGUGACAUCGUAACGAAAACUUUGAAGGUUAAUUCAGACCAUGAUUCUGAGUAACAAGUGGAAUUUUCCGUCGUCAUUGUUUUCCAUACUUUUGGGAAUCAUGGUCUGAAUCAUCCCUAUCAGUAUUCGUUACGAUGUCACUAACAUGCUUUAAAGUACGUAAAGAAACCAGCGGGCCUAGCACCGUAAGCACGCGACUCUAUCUCGCCGCGACAGAGAUCAUCUGUCUCUUUCUGUGCGGUACUGUGAGAGAGUGACGGGUGACGUAUGUCGAGGCGAGAAAGUCGCGCGCUUACGGUGCUAAGCCCGCUGGAAGAAUUUUUUGUCACUGUCAAUUGUCAUAAUCGUUUGCAAUGCAAUUUGGCUGAGGCCCCAGUGUUGUCCGCGCCACGAAAGAAGUCGCGGAUUUUUAUGGAACUAAUUGACAAGUCAUAGUAAUUCUAUGCAGAAUCUACGACAGUAGCGCCGUAGCGCGGAAUUUCUUUCGUGGCGCGGACUAUACUUUUAAUAAUUUCUUGUGAUAAGCUAAAACGACACAAUUUUUAUAGCUGUCAAAUUAAAAUAAAGUUUAAUCAGCUGGAAUCGGAAUUUAAUAUUAAUAUCGGUCCUGAUUCCAGUACACAACAUCUAAUUUUAUUUUAAGUUAUACCUGUCAUUUUCUUAUCCGUCGACACGCGUAAAGUUUAUAGAACACACGUCAAUUCUAGAUGGAAAUUUGAAUAACCCUCUCUAAAUUUCAAUUGACCAAAAACCCGACGGAAUUGAGUGAACAGCACACGUCAAAGUGAUUGCAUAACAGCGAGAUGUUUCUUUGAUUCGCUCGCGUUAUUCAUUCAUUUUAAAACUGACAGCUGUCAAUCAUUCGUCUCUUUCCUUUUGGGCGGAUAAGAAAAUGACAGUAAACACCACUUAAUUUUAUUUUAACUUUUAUAACUUCGAAUUAUAAGCACGAAUCGGGGCCAAUUUAUUUCUAACAUAAUUUGGCGAGAUUACCUUUAUUUAUUGUAAUAAUUUAAUUUCGAGUUUUAUAAAAACUCAUGUUUGGGGGGUGUGCGCGGGAAAAUUGUGAUACAAACUGAAUUUGGGUAACAUUAUCUGAUACUCAGUUUACGUAGUUUUAUGUUUUGUUUAUAAAUUAUAAUCAGAAGUGGGUUUUAUGUUAUAUGCGCAUCGGCUAUGUUGGUACUUCAACUUUGUCGAAUAUGUUAUGUUAGUGUGACCGUCGUUAUAAGCUUAAAAGUACAUAACCGCCUUUUGGAAUAACCACAUUAGCGUGUGAUUUUUAUUAACAAAACCCCGGACCCCCGGUUCGGGGUUCGAAUCCCGGUGGGGACAUAUCACAAAAAUCACUUUGUGAUCCCUAGUUUGGUUAGGGCAUUACUGAUCACCUGAUUGUCCAUAAAGUAAGAUGAUCCGUACUUCGGAAGGCACGUUAAGCCGUUGGUCCCGGUUACUACUUACUGAUGUAAGUAAGUCGUUACAUGAGCCAUGUCAGGGGCCUUUGGCGGCUCAAUAAUAACCCUGACACCAGGGUUGAUGAGGUUGGUACUCCACCUCACAACCCACACGAUAGAAGAUUAACAAUACCUCACAAUAGACACGUUAGUUUCAAUCCAAAUAAACAAUUGCGGUCUCAAUUUUUACCCAGACUUUAAUUCUUCAGAUUUAAAACUCACGCCCGCAAUCCCUAUACGGGUGGGCAGAACCACUUAUCACCAGAUAUUUUUUCUACAAUAUCGCCGAUGUGCAUUUUAAAGUGAAACCGUUUAUGUAAUUAAGUUGUUAAGUACACAUUUUGUUUUAAGGUUUACUAGAGUUGUACGGGUUGAUUAGAAAUGUUACAGAGUCACUAUGGCCCUGUGGUACAUCGGCUUGCUUCUCAAACGGGGAGCGCCAGUUCGAACCCUAUAGUACCGGAUUUGCACCAACGAGUUAUAUUGACUUAUCUUAAGUGCAGUUUUUACCUAACAGAAAUCAGAAAUCAUUUAUUCGCUUAGGAUAGGUAGGUACAGAGUCACAAUAUGGUAUAAGGCAGUGUUACAGCAGCAUGCAAAUGUCGAAAAUUCAAAAAUUCUCUAAUACUAUAAAAACUAUUAGUAAUAAGCUAUUCGCGUAAUUUAAAAGCCAUAACUUUAGUGGGUCCGUUUUUAAAUUUAUCAGGUAUCUUAUUGUAUACUUUUAUGUACAUGUUAUGAGGACUUUCUAAACAAAGUGUAGUUUUUGGACAGUAGUCCCUUGCUAGUUCGUGUGGUAGUCGUCUCCUUUACACGUUAGUUUAACAGAAAACUCAGUGUGCUAUGGGUACUUAGUUCAUCUUGCGAUGUACCUCUGACUACCCCGAUUGGGGUAUAGUCGUGACCUUAUGUGCGUUAAUAUUUCUGAUCAACCUAUUAAUAAGUAAAUUCCAUUGGCUUUGAAUGAAAUUCAACAUUUUUGUUAAUAUUGUUUUUUUCUUCACUAGUGUUGCAUGGUUAUAGAUAGUCUACCGCUGGGGGGUAGACAGUUAGAACGACCUUGAAACGCGAAAAAUUAAAUAAUUCUGAUUUUUUUUUCUUUUAUUAAAUAAAAAUAACAACCUUAAUCUAAUACAAUUUACUGUCCACCAAAAUGGAGGGCCAUUUGGAUUUAUAAUUUUUGAUUUCAAACUGGGCAUUUUUUUUAAGAAUUUUGGAGGAAAUUUAUAUUAUGAUCGAUAUUGGGAUAAUACGACUGUCGAUAGUCUGGCAACACUAGGCGACCAGUGCCGUGUUUAUCAAAACUUACAAGUCUACAAGUAGUCUUACAAGUCAACUUGUAAGGUCACAGGCUACAAGUUACUCACACGUACGUGCAAAUUCGCCGCGACUUGUGCUGAGUGAGGCCCUUUUAUCUCAGGACGUCCACCACCACCUUAUGAUCAUUCUAAUGAACAUUCUCUAUGCUUUUUGUAAUUGUUUUGUGAUUUUUUUAUUUGAUGUCCUUUUACAAUAAACAAUUUAUAAUUAUUCUAUAUUACGUUUUAUCAAUGAAAAAGGUAGAGGCAUUGUAAAAUAUACUUGUGAAAUAAAUAUUGACAAUUGUAACGCAAUUUACAUGUGUAGUUUUGGUAAACACGUUCUUGUAAUAAUGAAAAUUUUUACAAAACAAUUCCGUGUAACGCGUGUACAGGGCUUGUAAGCUUUGAUAAACAGGACACAACUCGUACACCAAAGUACCUGACGGUAUAAUUUUUUUGAGAGGAAAAUGUUUAAAAUGCAUUUUUAUUGUAUAAGUGAUAAGUUAUUCCAAGAUCAGAUAAGAGUCUUAAGUGUAGGAUUGUUAGAAAGAAAAUGAAUUAAUUUUUACAAAAUAAAAUGUUUCGUAGA